ACAGCAAAAAAGGAAAUCUUGAACACCCCAGCCUGUCAGCCUCUGUAGUUUACAUCAUCAGCCUGUUCUUUUUGUCUUAAAUUCACUUUUCAGCAUUUAUCUGUGAGCCUCCAGUAUCUGUAGCAGAAGAGAAAUGACCAAAACCCUUAAGGCUGUUAAAUUAAGCAGUGAGGACUGAUUUCUCUACAGAUACUGUGGGAUAACAGCAUCCAUCACCCCUGCUCUCCUCCUGCAGUAAUGGAAAUCAAAACCCUAUGUUAUUUUCAAGAAAUGCAUCAGGCCAUGCGUUUAUAUGCCUGUAGGUGUCGAAGUCUGGAAUUCUGCAGUAUGGUAGCUGAGACCUGAAACCUGUGUCCUGCUCCUAACAUUUUUUAGCAGCUGGAGUCCACAUGUGCUUUGGGUGCUCCUUGAUCUGUUAACAUUGCCCUUGAGAGGAGCUGAUGCAUCAGUGAACACCCACCAAAUGACCACUGCUCUUUUACCAGGCACCUCUCCGAAGUGCGCAGCAUGACAGAGCUCCACGAAGCUGUGGCUUUGGGGGACUACGACCUGGUGGAUGAGAUUUUGAGGACAGGGCGCUGCGAUCCAAAUCACAAGGAUGCUGACUGGCACGACAGGACCCCGCUGCACUGGGCUGCUGCCAGAGGGCAAUCGGAGCUGGUCAAGCUCCUCGUGAAUCACGGUGCCCGGCAUUGCCUGCGGAGUGACGUGGGCUGGACACCGGCUCACUUUGCUGCCGAGUCGGGGAGACUGGGAGUGCUUCGCACCCUUCAUUCCCUGCAUGCUGCCAUGGAUGCAGCUGACCUCUUUGGUGACACUCCCAAACGGCUUGCAGAAAUCUACGGUCACCAAGACUGCUCCAGGUUCUUGGAAAAAGCAGAGGAGGAGAGCAGAAACUAUCGCAGGACAGCUGCAAUGAAAGGCAUCUCCUUAGACCAGAGAGAUGAAGACUGGGAACUCAAGAAAGACGAGCUUCUGAGAAACCCACCAUGUUCUCGGGAACGCUACACACCCUCUGCUCAAAAGAAAAAUCGAAAAAAAAGGGGGAAGCAGUAGUGUGCCCACUGAGAUCUUGCAAUGCAGAGCAAAGACACUGGCAGACCUCAGGUGCAUCUGCAGGGUGAAAUAUGGAUGGACAGGAGAAGCAGAUGGCCACCGGGAUACAUUCUUGUGAUGUACCGUAAAUGCUGUCAUUGAUAGGGAGCAGGUAGAAGUGCUUCUGUCUGUCUGUGUGUCUAUACAUAUCAGAUCUCAAAUAUCAGAAAACUGCAGAAGAUGUUUAAAUAUACUAAUACUCUAAUUCACUGAAGUGU